AUGCUGUUGCAGUCGCAUAGCAUCUCGUUGUCGUGCAUGAAUGUCUCGUGCCUCAUGCAUUGCGGGAAUUGGCUCUGGUCCCCUUCCCUGCUUCCCCAUGUCCCCUUCCCUUCUUCCCCCCAUACCCUUCCCUUCUUCCCCCAAUGCUUCCCCGUCUUCCCUUUCCCUGCUUCCCAUGUCCCCUUCCUUGCUUCCCCGUGUCCCUUUCCCUGCUCCCCUGGAUCUUCUUCCCUUCCUCCCGCCAUCCCCUUCCCUCAUUUCCCCAUCCCCUUCCCUGCUUCCCCAUGUCCCUUUCCCUACUGUCCCCCAUCACCUUCCCUGCUUCCCCGUGUCCCCUUCCCUGCUUCCCCCCAUCCCCAUCCCUGCUUCCCCCCAUCCCCUUCCCUGCUUCCCCCCAUCCCCUUCCUUGCUUCCCCGUGUCCCCUUCCCUGCUUCACCCCAUCCCCAUUCCUGGUUCCCCCCAUACCCUUCCCUGCUUCCCCCCAUCCCCUUCCCUUCUUCCUCCCAUCCUUUUACAUCCUUCCCCCCAUGCUCUUCCCUACUUCCCCGCAUCCACUUCCCUGCUUCCCAUGUCCCCUUCCUUGCUUCCCCCCAUCCCCUUCCCUUUCUCCCCGCAUCCCUUUACAUGCUUCCCCCCAUCCACUUCCCUGCCUCCCCCCAUCCCUUUCCCUGCUUCCCCGUGUCCCUUUCCCUGCUUCCCCCCAUCCCAUUCCCUACUUCCCCCCAUACCCUUCCCUGCUUCACCAAGUCCCCUUCCCUGCUUUCCCCCAUCCCCUUCCCUGCUUCCCCAUGUCCCCUACCCUGCUUCCCCCCAUCCCCUUCCCAUCUUCUAGGGACACCCUUUACAUGCUUCCCCACACCCCCUUCCCUGCUUCCCCAUGUCCCCUCCUCCUGCUUCCGCAUGUCCCUUUCCCUGCUUCCCCCCAUCCUCUUCUUUGCUUCCCCCCACGCCCUUCCCUGCUUCCCCAUGUCCCCCUCCCUGCUUCCCCCCAUCCCCAUCCCUGCUUCCCCCCAUCCCCUUCCCUGAUUCCCCCCAUCCCCUUCCUUGCUUCCAAGUGUCCCCUUCCCUGCUUCACCCCAUCCCCAUUCCUGGUUCCCCCCAUACCCUUCCCUGCUUCCCCCCAUCCCCUUCCCUUCUUCCCCCCAUCCUUUUACAUCCUUCCCCCCAUGCUCUUUCCUGCUUCCCCGCAUCCGCUUCCCUGCUUCCCAUGUCCCCUUCCUUGCUUCCCCCCAUCCCCUUCCCUUUCUCCCCGCAUCCCUUUACAUGCUUCCCCCCAUCCACUUCCCUGCCUCCCCCCAUCCCUUUCCCUGCUUCCCCGUGUCCCUUUCCCUGCUUCCCCCCAUCCCAUUCCCUACUUCCCCCCAUCCCCUUCCCUGCUUCACCAAGUCCCCUUCCCUGCUUUCCCCCAUCCCCUUCCCUGCUUCCCCAUGUCCCCUACCCUGCUUCCCCCCAUCCCCUUCCCAUCUUCUAGGGACACCCUUUACAUGCUUCCCCACACCCCCUUCCCUGCUUCCCCAUGUCCCCUCCUCCUGCUUCCGCAUGUCCCUUUCCCUGCUUCCCCCCAUCCUCUUCUUUGCUUCCCCCUACGCCCUUCCCUGCUUCCCCAUGUCCCCCUCCCUGCUUCCCCCCAUCCCCAUCCCUGCUUCCCCCCAUCCCCUUCCCUGAUUCCCCCCAUCCCCUUCCUUGCUUCCAAGUGUCCCCUUCCCUGCUUCACCCCAUCCCCAUUCCUGGGACACCCUUUAUAUGCUUCCCCACACCCCCUUCCCUGCUUCCCCAUGUCCCCUCCUCCUGCGUCCGCAUGUCCCUUUCCCUACUUCCCCCCAUCCUCUUCUUUGCUUCCCCCCACGCCCUUCCCUGAUUCCCCAUGUCCCCUUCCCUGCUUCCCCCCAUCCCCAUCCCUGCUUCCCCCCAUCCCCUUCCCUGCUUCCCCCCAUCCCCUUCCCUGCUUCCUCCCAACUCCUUCCCCGCUCCCGCCCACCCCCUUCCCUGCUUCCCCGUGUCCCCUUCCCUGCUUCACCCCAUCCCCAUUCCUGAUUCCCCCCAUCCCCUUCCCUGCUUCCCGUCAUCCCCCUCCUUGCUUCCCCAUGUCCCCUCCUUUGCUUCCCCAUGUCCCCUCCUCGUCAUCCCCCCAUCCCCUUCCCUGCUUCCUCCCAUCCCCUUCCCUGCUUCCGCCCACGCUCUUCCCUGCGUCCCCGUGUCCCCGUCCCUGCUUCUCCAUGUGCCCAUCUCUGACUUAG